ACGGCGCGGAGAGUUCUUGUCACAAGACGCAGGAGGAUGGCUCUCGCCGACGCCACGCUCUGCUCCUCUCGCCUCUGCCGCACUCUGCUCCGGCUUGCCACCGAAAAGGCUGUGCUUUCGGUCCAAGGAGCCGAUGGGUCGCCGGAUCCGUCGGCCACCCAUGGACUUCGCCUGGAACGCGGGCUGGGAGGCGGCGCUGCCAGCCUGCAACGCCAACCCCGAUCCCGACCAACCCGGCGCCGCAGGGGGUGGAGGCGGAGUCCAUGAUGCUGGUCUCCGGGCCGCGCGUCGCCGUCUCCGGGCUGAGGCGAGCCGACUGCUGCGCAGUGCCUGCUCUCAUGAAGAUGAAUGUGUCCUGUUCGUCAAUGCCGGUGGGUAUAUUUGAAAAAACUGCAAAGGAAGCAGAAGACAAUGUGCUCCUGAGAGAGAUGCUAGCAUUAAAAGCUGGUGUGUUUUAUGACAGAGUGACAAAUAUGACUAUUUGGGGAAACCAUUCAACAACUCAGGUUCCUAAUUUCUUGAAUGCCAAAAUUAAUGGGAGGCCAGUAAAAGAAGUCAUCAAAGAUACAAAGUGGCUAGAAGAGGAUUUUCCUACAACUGUUCAAAAGGUACACGGAGAAGGUUGUGGUGCCGGCGAGGCUGUUGCUCCCGGUGUCAGAGAGGGUAUCGCUGACCGAUGCCGCCGGCUUGCCCAAGGUGUCCUGCACGUCUUCAUGACCAGCCAUCUCCCCAGCAUCUCGCACAAUGUAUUCAGAGAGAUGCUGCCACUUGUGAUACAUCUGUGUGAAGCCAGAUCCAGAAUGAGUCGACAGAGUUGGGAGUAGCGAUACAACAUCUGGGGGCUAUGCUUUUUGAGCUUGGACGGACAAUGAUGACGCUUAGAAUGGGGCCAUCUCCUGUAUGCAUUUUUCUACUAUGUCACUAUCACACAAGUGAUUCACAAGGUUUAAGUAUUCUGAUAGCUUUUUUAUUUUGUAGGCUAAUGCUUUUGUAAAUGCUGGGCAUGCUGUUUAUACAAACCCCACUGGACCAAGUCCAAUCAUAGUUCAGAAUACCUGUAUAGCUUUGCUUUCCUAUCAUGAACUGCUGACAACUUUGUUUUGGGCUAUCAUGCUAGCAUGCACUGUAACAUAUAUCACUGUGUAUUAACAUGCUACCUAAGUAUCUAUUUCUUUAUACUUUAUUAUCAGUCCUUAAACAAAUUUUACGUGCAUGAUUUGAAUGCUUGGUUUGCUGUCGCCCUUUGUACCAUCGGCGCAACGAGUGAUUAGCUGCUUUUUAUGUGUGAGAAUGUUAGGAAUGUUUCUAUAUGUGCCCAGAUUUAUUUGGUGUGCCUGCUAUGUUUCACUUUCACUGCUCUUUGUUGAAUAAAUUGAGAAAUUCUUGAUUCUUUUUAUGUUAUUUCUUUACAUGAAGGAUCCAGAUUAAAAUAUAAUAUGUUAUUCUUGCUGGCUUAGUUUAAACAAAUGCAUUUUAGAUCACCUACUUCUCAGUUCAUGAUUUUUGACUCGGUGUGUUGCAGUUGAUUACCGGAACACGCUCACCCAAAGUGUCGAUCUGCAUCCAUACAUAAUUUACUAAAAGAAAUUUUUUGAGUUGUUUCUGCAUAUGCCUUUUGGUAUUUACUAGGUCACCUUCAAGAUUCGCUAACUAACAUACAUAUCCUAUCUACGCUUUUCACAUCCAUAUAAUGAUGCCAUGUUUUUCCUUUUGAGUAGACGAUUCUUUAUUUAUUAACCUAUACAUCAAUAUGUUGUUUCCAUUGAUCUCAUAGUACUUUUUGUGUGUUUCUUUAUGUUGGGCUGAAAACUUAUUGUCGAUUCAAGCUAUUUUUUAAGUCAUGUAUACUAUGGAAGUUGUGUAAAAGAACAUUUACUAAAAUGUUAUGUAAAACCUAUGGCUCAAAGCUAAGCUUCGGUAAAUUGGAAUAUUUAUAGAUAUAUUUGGGAGUUUCAUUAGAUUAAUUUGGAAUUUCAAACUAAUCCAUUUAAUUAUUUGAGAGCACCAGCAACACAAUUUUUGAAAAAAAAAACAUGCCCACCAAACGAAGGGCAUGGGUAUGUUGUCCAUGUAUGCAAAUCUCUAGGAAUGAGAAACCCUCAAGAACUACUAGGAAGGAGAAAGCCCUCCACGUCUCCCAGCCUGACUAUGCCUCCGUACGUUCCCUCUUUCGAUCUGUCUCUCCCCUUCCGGUCCGUUCCGUUCCCCCCUCACGGCGCCCGUGUUUGUGUCUCUUGGCCUGACGUAUGUGCGUGUGUGGUUCUUCUGCAGCUCGCGCCGAGGAUUGCUGUGUCCAAGUGGAAACAGUCUAUGUGGCGCUCGUAGGUAGAAAGGUGCAGGAAAGAAUAGGGAAACUUCUGUCAUUUUCUUUGGUCUCUGAAAAAUAAAUGGUGAUAUGGGCUGAUGCAUUGCUAAAUUACAUGAUACAAAUUCACUUCUCUUUUUUGAUUUUUGGUUUACUUCGUUGUGCUACAAUGGCUCUCCUAGGAAUGUUCUUCCAUGCUUUGAUGUGCACAAUCGAGAAAGUGCAUGCAUCCAGAAACCAAAUAGGAUUUUUUUUAUGUGUUAUCUUCUCAUAAAUCUUGUGCUCGUCCAAUAAGAAUAAGGUUUGGUGGUAUUGCUUUUGUCUGUCACUCGGUAGAUUUCAGACUUCAAGCUAGCUGCAGUUAUUUCAGGUUAUAUGUGCAAAUCCUUGGUGUGACAUCAUUGGUAACUGAUCAUGAAUACGUUGCAAUCUGAUAUGUCUAUUCUUGAUUUGUGGUGCCAUGGUGUAAAAAUUGGUCCUAAAGAUACAUGAUGUUUUUGUACAAAGUUGAGACAGUUAUUUUUGAAGGAGGGAAUAUUAGAUUAUUUUGUUCCUUUUUAAUUUGGUUCUAAAGAUAUAGUUUUAGAGUGAUCAUUUUGCAUCAGCCAAGCUUGCCGUUGUUGUAAAUAAUUGUGCUGUUGUCCUCAAUUCACUUUCGGUUUUUUAAUGCUACAAGCGUUAUUGUUCCAGUUUUUUCAGUUAUUGAUCAUGCCAUUAUUCUUUCCGCCUUUGUAGCUGAAAGAUUAGUGAGACUGAGUAAAUUUUGAACAUGUUCCAUGUGAGAGAAAUAGCAUGUUGAUUUCAUCUUAAAAUAAUCAUAGCUGAGGGAUGAGAUUUGUAACUAAGGGUCAUCUGUAGAGCUGGAGGAAGAAGUUGCGAGGCUUGGAACUCUCCUUGUGAAGAGCUCAGGGACAGCAGUGAGGACUAUGCCUCUUUAGUUGUAAUUGUGAUACUCCUGAUGUGCAAGUAAACACUCCUGUGAUACUCCUUAUGCUAAAAUGUUGGUUGUUAGUACAGAGGUGGUGACAUUAUUUGGUUCUCUGGUAUUGAUUUCAUGAUUUGUGGUUAAUACAUGACGUAAUACAAUCCACAUUGCAUUAUAUUUCCAGUUACAUCUCCUACUUACUCACUAAUAACAUUCUUUCUAAUUCGCUUCUUGCGCCAUUGGCGCAACCGGGUCAUCUAGUUGAACAUAUAAAGGAUGAGCCAGUGUGCCCAACUAGCGGCACUGGCCACGUCUCCUUUUAUUCGCUAUAGUGUAGAGAGAAACGAGAAGCUGGCAGCGUGGGGGCACAAAGAAAAGAGGAAGCGGCAGUGAGAAGAGGCAAAAAUAACCAGACCUAGCCCGCGCCCCCGCAGCCGCCUCCUCUCCUGGCGUCACCGCUGCCUCGGCCUCGUCCGCCUCCUCUCCUGCCGCCGCCGCCUCGGCCUCGUCUGCCUCCUCCACUGCCACUGCCUGCGCCCGCGCCCUCGCAGCCACCUCCUCUCCUGCCGUCGCCUCCUCGGCCUCGUCUGCCUCCUCUCUCUUGCCGCCGCCGCACCAGCAGCCUCUGAGCCCCCUUCUCCACCUCUUCACCGUGGCCACCUAGCUUGAGCUUGAGCCGAGGGGUGACUCGGCAGGACGCCGGGGGGCACGGGCGCAGCCAGCCACCCCCGCCCUGCGCUCUGCAGGCGCCCGGCGGCCUUGACCUGGCCUCAGCAGGAGGAGCUCGAGCCGAAGCCGAGGAGCAUGACCUUGAUCCGGACUCGGCAGGAGGAGUAGAGCAGCAGCCACGCACACCAGCCGACACGCCGAUGGAGUGCGACGAGACUUUUCUCGGCAUGUUGAACUUCGGUGUCUCAACACAAGUGCCAGAUAGUCCAAUUGGAGAGCAAGAGUGGCCGAUGGUAGUUGAAUUGGUAGUCUCCUCCUUCCGUUGUUUGUGCAGGGUCAGUCUCUCUGUUGUUUGUCCUUCGCCUUGCUGCUCGAGAAGGUCUUUUGCUUGUUCGCUGACCGUCUAUGUUGUUGGCUAGCAAGGUCAUGUUGUGGUUCCCUUCACUUUCUUUGUCGUCUGCCGCUCUGUUACCUCAGUGGUUCCCCGUCUUGCUAUUAAG